UAAAGAAUUUCUCGAAGCUUGAUGAGGUUUGGCACCUGUCGGAGGUCUUCUCCCUUAGAGAUUACAAAUGGGAGAUAUGGUUGCACCCUAAGAGCUCCCUUUAUAAGGAUCAUUUCAUAAUAUGUCUGGAAGUUCCAGAUAGAGGGACUUUGCCCUCUGGUUGGUGUCGAAAUGCAAGAUACUCCUUUACUGUCGUCAGCCAAAUUGAUAAGAAAUUAUCAAUUACAAAAGGUAUAUAUUCAGGCUACAAUGCUACUCUUAUAAGUUAAUUUAUGAUGAGUUAUAUAUAAAGGGAAACUUUUUUU